CAGAUCAGAAUCGUUAACUUCGCCAGCCCCUACUUCUACCUUGCGCCGCUCAGCUGACACCUCUCACUCCUCACCUCAAACGCUCUCGCCUCUCUGUCUCUCACCUAGAUUGCCAGACGCCCAGACACCAUCGGCCCAUCGCCAGAGUCUUUCUCCGUCUCCGCCUCUCCGCUUCUUACCCUCUGACCCUCUUAGCCACUCCGUCUCCAGCUUCGCCUCUCCGACUCUUCGUGGGUUCAUAAGCCAGUCUCCGGCUAUCCGCCUCUCCGGGAAUUUGUUUGAAGAAACUUCUUCAUGGCAGCAAGAAAUGCUUUGAGGUAUGUAUCUCGUAGGUUCUCAAGUAGUGGCAAGGUGCUCAGUGAGGAGGAAAAAGCUGCAGAAAAUGUCUAUAUCAAGAAAACUGAGCAGGAGAAAUUGGAGAAGCUUGCCCGAAAGGGUCCCAAUCCAGAAAAACCAGCUGCUGCCAACUCUGGGGAUUCAGGGUCUGUAGCGGAUGCUAAAGCAGGUGCUCAAGCCUCCUCCUCAACACCCGGGGUGUCGAAUGACAAUUACCGCAACUAUGGUGUUUUGGCUGGAAUUGUAACUGGUGUUGGUGCUCUGGGCUGGUAUCUGAUGUCAAAGGACAAGAAGAAAGAAGUACAGGACUGAAGUAUAGUGUUUUGUUGAUAGGAGCAUGGACUUUGAAAAUAAAACCUUGAAUCAUGAAAACAAUGGUCCCGUAUCGUUUUCCUCAUGGAUGUAGAAUUUCUCUUCCAUAAUUCAAUGAUAUUUUGCACUCUGGCAGAGGCAUGCUGAUGUGAUUUGAUUUCCUUAUC